CUUCUAAGUUCAACGUGGACAUUCUUUAGCCAUGGAGACUGUACACAAAUCAACGGAUAGUAGCAGCUCAAAUUGAUAUUGAUUGGGAUUGAUAGUAACAUCUGAUAUUUUUAUAUGACCAUUGUUUAGAAGCAGUCUGAUUGACAAUGGCGCACAUGCUAGGUGGCAAGUACUGCCUGGAGAGUCUCGGCAGAGAUGUAGGUGACUUACAAUCCGCUGUGGCAGACUCCCUCUCUAGGGUCGGCCCUGUCAGGUACCCUUCAUGGAAGUUUCCAGAUAAGGUGUCUUCUGAUGUUGACAUAGAAGAACUCUUGGAGGAUUAUAAGUUUAGUGAGGAUGAGGAGGAUAACCAAGUAGCUCAUGUCAUUCUCUUUGAGCUUGUUAUUGAUAGAAUGGUCCUGCUUCUGCAAAGCUUCACACGCUUUGUAGAGCAGCUUAUUCAGGGGACGGUUGGACGGCCACCCACUGCCACGCCCAUGGGUACCCAGAUGUCUAUCGGGCUAGUGGUCAAGAAGUUCUGGAAUAAAAUUGUCCAGCUGAACAGCAUCACACAGAAACUGAGUGCAGAGAGUAAAUCUAAAGGAAGGACUAUCAAUAAGCUGGAGGUUAUUAAUGUUGAACUGCAAGAGCAGCUACGAAAGACAAUGCAGUCCACAAACAUGUCAGGUCACCUGUUAGAUAGUCAUGUAGCAUUCGUUCCAGAAGGGGACAGUGAUGAUCAGGGGAUAUCAGCUCCUGAGGCAUUCACUUCAUCGAAAUCACAAAUGGCAAUGCUCACCCCACAGCCCAGUGCUCAUCAAGUGAUUGCAAUAGACACCAGGACAACGUCUUCACAGACACUAGAGACUGCCUUUGUACCCUGUGAAGCUUGCGAACGGGUGCAGCUGUGCUUGAGAGACGUCGGAGAGACCAUCACAGAUGUGUGCCAGUCGCAGAAACUUCCAUCAUCUAUCGCGCGGCAUCGGAAGCAGCUUCCAGGGGAUGUACUGUCUGCGAUGGACGUCAGCCGAUGGACCAUGGAACAGAACAAGGAUCUGGACAGAAUCAAAGACCACUUAAGCAACUUGAUGGCACAAAUUCAUCCCCUCGAAGCAGAGCUCGCUGCUUCGCAGGAGGCUUGCGAGAGACUGACGGAGAAUGUCAGCCGGAAGGACAAAGAUCUGAAGAGUGCGAACGUGUCGCAUGGGACUGAGGUCAAACAGUUUGAAGCCAAGGUCAAGGAGAUAGAGCGCCAGCAUGCGGAAUCCAUCAUGGUGGUGAAGAGGAGUUACGAAGAGGCACGGGGUGGCAAGAAGAAGACAGAGGAAGAGCUGACCAAGCUCAAGAGGGAGCUACAGAGGCAGUAUGAAGCCCUCAAAGAACUAGAGGGAGUACGGGAGGAGCUGAAUCAAACCCUUGAUGCUAACACCACCAACCAGGCGUCGGUCAAUCGGCUCGAGAGUCACGUGACCCAGCUGAGUCGGCAGCUGAAUGAGACGCAGGGCCAGCUGACCGAGUCCAGCAGACAACUGGGCAAAGAACAGGCCAAGAACAGGAGCAUAGAUAAACAUGGGCAGGCCCUUCAGAGCAAGCAUGACGCCCUGGUCCAGCGGGUGGAGGAGCUGGACCAAGAGUGCCAGGACCUGAGAGAGGGUCUAGCGGAUGCUGAGGACGGCAAGGAGGAGGUGCUAGAGCAACUCAAAGCUACUCAGAGUGAGCUCCAAGGAUUGCAGGAUGAAUUCAAGACUCAACAGGACCUGGUUGCAUCCAUCACGGAAGAGAAGAAGUUCCUGGAGUCGUCUGUCGGUGAUCUUCAGACCAUGAUCCUAGCCCUGGAGGAGCAGCUCAAAGACACCCAGGAGAGAGAGAAGAUGCUGAUCCUCUACCCAGACACCAACCCUGGACUGGUGCCUGCUGCACAAAGAGCUGACGGUGACAGUGCCAGCGGGAUGGGGCAGCGAGUCCAGACUAAUAACGUACGGAUCCAGAUCCUGGAGGAACAGAACAACCUCCUACGCAAUAACAUUGACAAGCUGCUAGCAGGACAGGAACCACAAGGGCAGUCUGGCCAGGUGAAUGGUCCAGGCAUUCCAUUGUGGCAAGCAGAUUCUCUGAAACAAGCCAGGCAGUCUGUCAGCGUCAACAACAACCAUGCCAAUGCUAGGUCAGGCAAGUCACCAAGGUCACCACGAGGUCAUCUGGAUCCAAUUCACAUCCCUAAUGGCCACCAUCCUUUGGAUGAGCAUCUUACCGAGGAGGAGGUCAUAGCCAAGUACACCAAACAAAGCUCUAAGAAUCGUCAGUACAGUCCUUCGUCCGAAGAGGCCACCACUUAUCAGAUUCCUCCAAGACCGCCCUUUAGGAAAGGCAACAGGGACAAGACCAAACCAAAAUCUGCAGGUAAGAGAACCUCCAGUCAGAGUGGUGUGGACGUGGCCAAGCUAUCCGCUACUACCAAUCCAAGCCUUCAUGCUUACAGGACACUCAAGAGCAGCGGGGCCAUCGGCAAACCUCAGCCUGCCGUCAAAAACCAAGACGGUCCAGACUUCUUCGUAGGCAACCGAACACCAGCAGCAAACAGUCGUCAUGCCGUGCAGCAGUCGUGGAAAGCCCCUGACCCCCACGCAAGGUCAGAGGGCACGCAGUCUAGAAACAGCUACUAUGAACCGGGCGAUACAUUCAUCUGCCAGCAGUGUGAUAAGAUGUAUGACAACAAGAGGGACUUGGACAUUCACAAGUCAUAUUGCUAUCCCUAGCUCAAGUUCCUCCCAAAACUGUUUAAGCUGUUAUUUUUGUGGGGGUUUUAUUCUCGAGAAUUUCGCAAAUUUAACAACACAAGGAAAUCGCCCCCCAUUUUAGGGAUUUCCCCAUGUAAGGGUUUUCAUAUCAAGCUUCAGGGGUGCGCAUGCAUACUUCCACUUUUCUAAUGUACAAUGUGUUAGUACUGUGUACGUACCGGUAUAUGUGCCGCACAUCAUAGUUCAGCAAACGCAUGCAUGCGUAUGUAAUGCAACACCAGUUUGUGUAUCUUUAAACAAUGAGGGUGUAGAGUGUACAAAAGUAAUUACAAGUAGCCUGUAUAUCUGUGAAAAUGUCUAUGGGCCUGUAAUUUAAGAAAAUAUCUGUAUGCGAAAGUAAUGGCUUAUACAGUAUGUAUACCUGUGCCUUCAUACCAAAAAUUACCAUAAACAAAAACACUAGUUUGGAGCCAGAUGGGUGUUAACAUGGUGUUACAUGAUAUGAGUUAACGCCUUUUUGGCUCCAGACAGAUGAAACCUUGUUUAUAGGUACUACAGUGAAACCUGUAUGUGAAGACUACUCAAAAGAGAAAAUGGUCUUUAUAGGCAGGUGGUCUUUCAUACUGAGUUUUUUUCUAAAGGUACUACAGUGAAAUCUGUAUUAAGACUGUCCAAGGGAGACAAAAAUGUGGUCUUUUUAAGCAGGUGGACUUUAUCCAAGGGUUGUUAUGAGAGAAUUGGUCAAGGGAAUCAUAAAAGAUGGGAUCAUUAUUGGUGGUCUUUCUAUAAAGGUGGUCAUUUGACUGUAUUCAACAUUUUGCAUGGUUAUGAAAGCAGUAGACUUAUUCAUGUUGCUAAGAUUGAAGGAAAAUACCCCUGAAAAUGAUCAGGAAUAUGACCAUCAUUUAGUUAGGAAAUGGUCAAUUUUCAUUAAGAAUGAUAGUGAUUCAAUUAGUCUUGCAGUAAAAUUAGACCUGAAGUCAUAGAUAUCUUUAAAAGUUUAGCAGAAAUAUAUAAAUAUUAAAGAUAUAUAUAUAUCAAUAUUAAUGAGUUCAAAUGACUGAAUAGCAGUUUCUCUCGAUAGGAAAAUCCAUUUGAAAACUCAAGAUGAAUGGUGAUUUCUUAGGUUGGGCUGGUUAAAAUGUCUGUACUGUAGAUGGAUGGGCUGCUUAGCAAGUCCAAGCUAUUUUGUCCACCACAUCUUAAGAUUGCACAUAUUAUGACUGUAUCCAACUGAUAGCCCUACUAGAGUUUGAAGCAGAAAAGUCAUCAAAUUGAAAUAAUUGGUUUUUGUAUAAUUGAUGUUGAUGUUGAUGUUGGCAAUUCCAUAAAAAUUAAAAAAUAUAUUACUUGGUAAUGUGUGGGACAUGCUGUGGACUUGCAUUGCCAAGAUAGUCACUUUUCAGACCAAUCACAAAAUAAAUAAAUAAUAAUUUGAAUACAUUUUGCAGACAUGAAAUCCCCCCCCCCCCCCCCAUAAAAAGGGAUUAUAUUACAUAGAAAUAUAGACAUAUAAAAUCGUCUGGUUAAGUUAUAUUUGAAGCUGGUAAAUUGAAUAUAGGAUACAUCAUACCAGCAUGGAACACCAAACAUAAAUACCAAAAUAUAUUGUGUGUGUGUGAAUGUGACUGCCCCCUUUAAAUUCAUAUGGGAGAGUGGGAGGGUUUGUGUGUUAGUGCAAGGUGGUGACGAUAUUGCUCAAAUCAUAUUUUUUCUAAAGUGAUGUGUAGGACAAUAUUCACUUUGGGGUAUAAUUGAUGUUAUUGAAGAGUGAUCGAUGAAUGAAGUUCAAACAUUUUCUUGUCAAUUAUUUCAGCAAUUUUAUCAUUAUUUACUCUUUAUUAAUUAAAUUGAAGUUACGUGUGUUUUGUUAUUUUAAUAACCAUAUUUUAAUAAGAUUAAUACAUCAUGAUGUUAUCCCUUUUCCUGCUCAGUAGUUUUUUCAAUGUUUGAUAAUUCAUUGAGGUUACGUCUGUGAUGUUUCAAGUUAUGAUUUGAAUAAGCUAAAAACAAAAUUUGUUUGAAGUGGGAAAUAACUAUAUAACGGGAAAGAGGAAAGAAUUAUCUGAAUUUUAAAAUUAAAUUUGUAAUUUUACAGAGAAACACCUUAAAAUGUAUUUGCUGUGCCCAUGCUCUGUCAUAUUACAUGUAUUUAGGGGUACUGUGUAAUGACUUACAAAGAAGCCUUUACAAUUAUAUUCCAAAACGGCCUUGAAAUCGUCUUUCGUAGCAUUAUACCACAGUCACACCAACGAAACCGACACCAGACCGAAGAAACUUUUGCAUUACUCAUACAAAGCCAACGUUUCACUGAAAGAAAAGAGGAAUUUCUCAAAGUUAAUGAUACGAAUGCUGAUAAUUUUGUACGCUUUUAGACAGAAGAUUUCAGAGAGAGGAAUUAUAGGGAUCUUAAAACUAGUCUGGAGGCCCCCAAAUGGAAAUACCAAAUUGGGAGCUAUGAAUACCCCCUAUGACAAGAAAUGGGUAGGCUUUGAGUCAAUGUGAAGUUGGUUUGGUGGUGUGACUUGGGUAUUAGAGAUUGUGGGCAUUCAUGAAAGAGAUAUAUAAACUAAUUAUAUGCACAUUGAUAUGUUAAAUUGUACAUUUUUCUGAUAUAUAUAUAUAUAUAUAUAUGUAGCUUUGUUGGACAGUAUAUUUUGUGAAUAGUAUUUUUCUUAAUUGCAAUAAAAAUCUCAAUAUGAUUCUAAACA